CCAAGCAUUUCAGUCGGGAAAUUUUGCACAAGCCAAGCGCACGCGGCAGCGGAAAAUCGGAAAACCCCAUUGCCAGCUAGACAGCCGACAAGCGACGAAGUGAAAAGUCGCAAUUGUUUUCGCUCCUCGCCGUCAGUUAGCCGUGAAUCCUCGAACAGAACGGUCGCGUGUCCUUGUCGCACGGAAUUCGAGUCCUGAUUCAACCACCAAAAGACGUGAUUGUUGGCGCGGACGUGGACUCUAAGCCAACAGUUUCGAAAUUGUUAAACCCUGAAUAAAUUUUUAAAAGGCGCCAUUUCAUUCUGCUUGACCCGCCAAGAAUUCUUCUGGAUUCCGUAAAAAUGAGAAAAUGACAGCAAAACGUGAUAAGGAUUACUCAAAAAAUAAAUCAGCACCUGGCAUCGGAUUCACCGCCGCCGGUUCAACCAAUGGCAGCGGCAUAAAGUCCAUCGGGCUGGUGAGCUCCACGCAGAAUGUGACUUCGUCGCAGGACAUCAGCAAGCGGACAAACAAACCACUCAUGGAGAAGCGACGGCGGGCGCGAAUUAACCAGAGCCUGGCCAUCCUGAAGGCCCUCAUCCUCGAGUCCACCAAGAGCCAAAAUGCCAAGAACGGCGAGGGCCAGGCGAAGCACACCAAGCUGGAGAAGGCGGACAUCCUGGAACUAACCGUCCGCCACUUCCAGAGGCAUCGCAAUCUCGACGAUCCCACGGUCAACAAAUACCGAGCGGGUUACACGGACUGCGCCCGCGAAGUGGCUCGCUACCUAGCCACCCCGGAACCGCCACCCAUGGGCACCAUGCCCACCUUGGCGGAGCCCGGUUCCAAGGCGCGACUGCUGCGGCAUCUGGACCAAUGCAUAGCCGAAAUCGACGUGGAGAUCUGUCCCCAUUCGACGGCCGCUUUUGCGGAAAGUCCCAGCAGCAGCAGCUGCUUUGACCUGAAUCACGCGAAGAAGUCGCAGCCCGAGGAGCAUUCGCUGGACUACAGCAGCCAGGACUCGAAUCCGGUGGACUACAGCAAGGGUCUAAAAAUGGUGGCCGCUGAGCAGAGAACGCUGCCAGUCACGCCGGCGCCCCAGGAUGAAAACAACAAUCGUGGACUGCAGGCGCAGGCGCAAACUCCGAUUCCAAUCCAGGUGCAAAGUCAGUCCCAAGGCCAGACAUCGCCGCAUGCAGAUGCCGCCGCUCCCAGCGAACUGAGCUACGAGGAGGACCGCAACAAGGUGUGCGCCAAUGUCCUGGAGCAGUACAAGCAGCAGCUGAAGGCGCACGUGCAGCAGCAGCCAGAGUCCGCCAAUGGUGUUCUGGUCCUGCCGCCCCACUAUGUUCAGCUGGCGGCGGCCCUUGGACUAAGUGCCCAGCCCCUGGUUGAUCCGAUUGCUACCCGAACGGAUUUCGAGCGGUUGAUCGAGUUGCAACGGGUUCAGCCGCACUUGGUCGGCAAGUUGAGUCCCAGUUUUCCGGGAGGCUUGGAGGCUGCCCAUGUGGCUGCCGCUGCAGCGGCUUAUGCCAACAGCAUGGCGGUGGCCGCUUCCGCAGGAGCCACAGUUGCCGCCAUGGCCACAUCCGGUGCCGGAACGCCAACGGUUCACCAAGAGAGACCUGCCUCGGUGGCAGCCUCUGUCAGUUCCGGCGUCUCGGUUUCGGAACUAAAGUCCAUGCCCGCCACGCAGCAAUCCUCACCAAGAUCCGAAAGUGGCAUCGGAUCCAAUGAAAACGAGGCUCCGGUGAGCAGUCCGCGACCCCAGACAAGCAUCGCGGCUCGUCAGGCUCUAAGGCAACGCCAGGAGGAGGAGUAUCACUACAUGGCCCAGGCGGCAGCUGCUGCAGCAGCAGCUGGACAGGAUGAGAGCAUGUGGCGGCCCUGGUGAACCGUUGGAUCAGAGAUCCUAUGUACUAAGUAUGUAGACUCCGCCAGUUAGUUCGGGGAGAACCAGCCGGCAGCCGGCGGUUUGCAGCUCCAACUGAUCGCCAAGUAAAGGAUGACACCUAUUGUUAUUACCGCUUGUCUGUGUAGCUCCUGCUCCUCUCCGAAUUGCAUUUCCUACCUGUGCCAAUGCCCGAGACUCCCUACCAUUUGGGCUCCAGAGCCAAGGAGAGCUACUCCUUCAUUUAUGUAUGCAUUUGUUUUUGCCCUCAAC